AUGAAUAUCUUUCGUCUUUCCGCUGACAUGUCGCACUUGGUGGCGAUCCUCAUCUUGCUGAGCAAAAUGUGGAAAAGCCGUUCCGUUUCCGGGAUCUCGGCUAAAUCGCAAAUUCUUUUUGCGAUUGUAUUCAUCACGCGUUAUAUGGAUCUCUUCACCACGUUCGUUUCUCUCUACAAUACCGCCAUGAAGAUUUUCUUCAUUGGAUCUUCACUAGGAACGCUCUAUUUGAUGUUUGUCAAGUUCCGUCCAACGUAUGAAAAGGCGUCGGAUACGUUCAAGGAGCUUUACCUGAUCAUCCCAUGUUUUGCAUUGGCUUUGCUCAUCAACAACGAGUUCGCUCUUACGGAAAUAGCUUGGACAUUCAGUAUCUACCUUGAAGCGGUUGCCAUCAUGCCACAACUUUUCAUGCUUUCAACCACAGGACAAGCCGAAUCUAUCACCGCUCAUUAUUUGUUCGCACUAGGAAUCUACCGUGGUCUUUACCUGUUGAACUGGUUGUACAGAUACUACACCGAGUCGUUCUUCGAUCCAAUUGUUACGGUGGCCGGAAUUGUGCAGACGGUGCUUUAUGCCGACUUCUUCUACCUCUACGUGACCCGUGUCGUGCGCACAAACAAGAACCUUGAACUCCCCAUC